AUGAAAUCGAUUCAACAUAGACUGCAGAAAGGAAACUAUAUUCUUCGCGAGACAGAUAAAAGUGGAAUUUUUCAUAUUGGCAAUUCAGUUGAUUAUGAAAAGAAAGCAGAAGCUUAUCGACAAAAAACCGGCGCUUAUAUUGAAUUAGAUUUGAAUCCGUUAUGGAGUGUAUUUGAUAAAGUUAUUCUUUUACUCAAUGAUCUUCGUUCAAAUAAAUAUAUUCUAUCGUGGCAACUACAUAAAAUGAUGCCGGAGCGAGAAAAAGUUCAGUUGGAU